UUUCCCCUUCUACACCUACUCAGAGUUCAGUUCACAAACACCAUUUGGCCACACAAAAAUGGGUUUUGUUCCAUCAAAGUCCCUAGGUUUUAUUCUUGCUUUACUACUAAUUACUUCAUUCACAGUUCUUGGCCAAAAUGUUGAUGGCAUUGUGACUUCAGAACUAGCCCCUCAUUCUCUUGUUAGCUUCCCACCUGUUGAAGCCCCAAAGGCUCAUAAAGGUGGCCAUCACCACCACCACCACCACAAACACUCUCAAGCCCCAGCUUCUUCUCCAACACACUCUUCACCAACACCAACACCAUCAUCAUCACCAGUUAAGCCACCAACUCCGCCAGCUCAUUCACCAGUAAAGCCACCAUCUCCACUUCCAACAAGGAAGUUUGUAGGUGUUAGAGGAGUUGUUUACUGCAAAUCUUGCAAGUAUAGAGGUGUUAACACCCUCUUGGGUGCUUCUCCAAUUCAGGGAGCUGUGGUGAAGCUGGCAUGCAACAACACAAAGUACCACUUAACAAGCCUAGCCACAACAGCCAAGAAUGGUUACUUCUUCAUCCAACCAAAGUGGUUGACUACAGCAGGCUACCACAAGUGCAAAGUUUUCAUAGCAAAAUCACCAAAACCAGAAUGCAGUGUCCCAACAAAUUUCCACAAUGGUCAAACUGGAGCCAUGUUGACCCCUGCACCCCCAUCUCCCAUGACAUCAUCAAAACCAGUGGUGGAUAAAGAGCCUGGGGUUAAGCUCUUUGAUGUUGGCCCUUUUGCUUUUGAACCCUCAAAGAAUCUGCCCUGCAAGUGAGAGAUUGAGUGUUCAUUGUGAGCCUGUUGUAGUAGCACUAAAUUGGGAACUGAGAAAGUGAUAAGCUAGCUAGUAGUACUAAAUUGUUGGGAAGUGGGAAGUGUGUUUGGGACUUUUCAAUUCUUGUUUUAUUGUUACUGUUGCUUUUUCUUGUUUUUGUGAAUUUUAAUGAUCACUUUGGGUGCUUGCUUUGA